CGUUUUCUUCACUAAUCAAAGUGACCACCGUGGAAGCAAAACAAGAUGAGCGACAUGAACGAUGUGCUGGAAAAAUUCAAGGAAGAGAGGAACAUCUGAUGAAAACAUUUACCGAAGGGUACAAGAAACUAAUCAAGGACAAGGAUGAAGAGCUCGAGAAAAUGUUCAAGGAUAAGAACGAAGAGCUCGAGAAAGCAGUGAAGGAAGAGCGUCGUGAGCUAGAAGAUUUGGAGCAUAUAAACUUGGCACUCUGCAUUAAACUACGCCAAAACAAUGACGAGAUCCAAGAAGCACACCAAGAAUUAAUUACUGGAUUGAGAGGCUUAUCAGAUGAAAGAUCGAAGAUCAGAGUGAAGAAGAUGGGACAUGUUGAUGAAAAACAUUUCCUGAAAGUAUGCAAGGAGAGAUUCAGUGGCCAAAGCGUUGCGCUGCAAAGCGACAGGCUUUACUCGAAAUGGGAGAAAAGGGUCCGGGAUCCACUAUGGCACCCAUUUAAAAUUCAGAAAUGUGGAGAUAAAAUUAAGGUCUAUUUCGAUUUCUUUUCUCAGGUGUUGUGGGAUGAGGAAGAUGAGAAACUUAAGAAUCUGAGUAUUAAGUGGGGAGAAGACGUGAAGUGGGGAGAAGACGUGAAGAAUGCAGUCAAGACAGCACUCGAGGAAAUGAAUGAGUUUAACACAAGUGGUCGUUUUGUAGUUCCUGUGUUGUGGAAUUUUGAACAUGGGAGAAAAGCAACACUCAAGGAAGGGAUAGUUGCUCACAUGAAGCAUCAGAUCAAUAAUCUUAAACGCAAACGAAUUUGAAGCAAGCACACCAUUGAUCCUGUUGAUUGGUUGUAAAAGGUCUGUGGGUUCAGUAAUCUUAAGUUUAACUCUUGAACUCUUUAUGUUAGUCUGUGCUUCUCAGUUUGUAUCUCAUUAACUAAAACCC